AAAUGAAGGCAGGAUUGAUAUGUUUGAUAGUGAUUUGUGCCGUGGUGAUUGCAGAACCAGUAGAGGGUCGGGAUUACAUAAACUACGGUGCGUUAGACAAGUGCUUCGGUCCUAAUCCUCCUCCGGGAUGCUAUCCUCCGGGUACCGAACAUAAGAAGCCUACCCCCGUUAAUGAGUACAGCCGUGGCUGCACCAAAAUUAAUCGGUGCAGGCGCGAUUAA